AUGGAUAACAAUAAAAUUGAGGCAGAAAAUUGUAGCAAGCUAGCGUAUGAUGCUCUUCGCAGCAAAAGUUUUAACAAGGCACUUAAAUUGGCUCAACGGGCAGUCAGUUUGUGUCCCUGUGAGGAAUACAGUAAGCUAGUCACUCAGAUAAAGUGUAAACAAGUUGAAAAUGAGUCGCAUAGUAAAUUGAUAAAGGACAUUCUAAGUACAGAGGAUUAUUACGAGAUUCUAAAUGUAACAAAAUCUUCCUCUGAAGAAGAGAUUAAAAAGGCUUACAAAAAGCUUGCCCUAGUACUACACCCGGAUAAGAAUUCAUUGCCAGGUGCAGAGGAAGCAUUUAAGAAGAUAUCAAUCGCUUGUCAGUGCUUAACUGAUGCUGACAAGCGAAGGAUAUACGAUCAGACAGGGAGUCGAAAUCCGCGAGGGUUCGACCCAACGAUUGUCACACCUGAACAAUUAUUUGAGGCCUUCUUUGGUAUUGAUAUCAAUCGGGCGCACGUCAGGACAUCGCAUAUGCACUCAAAUCGUCACACACCCAGCAACAAUAUAUCACAAAUUGCACCUAUAUUGUUAAUCUCUUCAAUUAUUAUCUUUUCCAACCUCCUCUCUCAGCCAUCGAAACCCUAUAGCACCGAACCCACCAGCAAGUACUACAAUGCAAUCAAAACCCAAGUUAGUGGCGUAUAUUACUAUGUCGAUCCACACUCCUUUGAUAUGGAUUAUCCGCCUAAUUCACCGCAACGUAUCAAGUUGGAAUAUGAGGUGGACUUUGGGUACCUGGAGAACAAGUGUUACGUGCAGAACCAACAGAGGCAAAGGGCACUGGCUAAAUAUGCAUUCUCUAAUCCUCCAAAACAUUUAUUAGAGUUGCCAGAAAGUUGCCAAUCACUAAGGUCUCUUAAGGAUAAAUACAAGAAGCUGCAAAUGAAAAGUUUCCAACAAGUAUAG